GUCAUGUGCAAGCAUGACAAAAGGGUGACACGACACACAGAAAUAGAGUCGCCGCCGGCGGAUACAGCAGCAAGCAACAAGUAAAGCAAGUCAAGGCAGCAGCACAAGCACAAACACAACACAAGCACAAGCACAACACAACACACACAACCACACAAACAACCACACCAACGAUGAUGGACAAGAACGGAAAGGGUGGUCGCGGGGAAGACGCGCCCCUGCGCGAAAUGGACACUGUUCCGCUUGACGAUGACAUUGACGAUGAUGAGGAGGACGAGGAGGAGGACUUUGCCACUCCUCCCGCACAGCCGACAACCCCGGCACAACAGCAGGAACACGAGCAGGAACACGAGCAGAAGCAGAAGAAGGAGCCAGCAAGCAGUGCAAAGGCACCAGCAAGGAAGAAGAACCCAUCAUCCAGUGGUGGCAGCCGCGGCAGCAGCAGCAGCAGCGGUGGACAUGACCCGGCCAGUGGCAUGGCCUUUCACCAGCAGGACGACCCACAUGACGCCGACUUUGAGGCCCUCCCCAACGUCGUCAAAGUCAAGAAAGAGUAUGAGGGCCACAUGGGGUCGACGCUCGGGCAGUCGCGGCAGCAGACGUUCACGCUUCCGCUUGGCGUGGCAUUCCCGGCAUCAGAAGCGUCGACAGCGCCACCCAUCUCCACGGAGAUGGACCCGAGCGCCCCAAGCCCGGGCGAGAACCCAAACCCGUAUCCGUACGACGCAAACAAGCACCCGCUGUGCAAGCGCAUUGUUGACUUCCUGGCCACUGAGCAUCUUGAGGGGAAGACGUGGAAGGGCGGCAAGUCGAAGACGGAGAUCCCCAAGAUGGCGCUCGCUAAGCUGCUCCGGGGCACAAAGCACGACAGAAAGGAAGUAUCUGAGUACUUUGAUUCGCUGAGUGGGCCAUGGGGCACGAUGGGCUCGAAGCACCCGCUCAACUCCAGCGGCGACUACGACUACACCGCCAUUGGUCUCGCCUUCAUCCUCCUCAACUUUGACGACGCUGCGCUGCCGAGGGAGAUCAAGUACAUUAUUGCGACGCGCCUCAUGCCGCCCAAUGCCACCGACCCCGUCCUCACCGUCCCAAAGUCGCUGGUGUCUGUGCUGGAGACCGAGAACCACCUGCUGAUGCUCAACGGCUCUCUCUAUCUCUUCAAUCUCUAUGCGACACGCGCUCGCCUCGCUCAGCCCGUGGAUGUGUCUGGCCUCAAGUCGUUCCUGUAUGUCCUUCUCAAGGAAAUUCUUCGCGCAGGCCCCUGGGCGUACAACUCGCGUCCGUUUCUGGGGCAUUUCAUCAUUGCGCUGCUGGUGCUGCACGAAAGCUGCGAGCCAGACUUCAGGCACCUCUGCUCAAAGGUGUUGGACUUCCUCGUGUUCUGCUUCGCCCUCGGCAGCAUCGACUUCAGAAGGCGGGCUCCCUUCCGCCGCAAAGCAGACCACGCCGGCAAACCAGGACUCAUGGACAACGCCCUCUCCGCCAUGUCCCUCGUGUGGGCUGAGCGGGCAGGGAUUCGCCACACGGCGCAGAGCACCGACCCACGCUUCCUCCCCAUUUCCGACAAGGCCAUCUACGCCAUCGCCGCUUCGUGCGUGCCGUGA